UGUUCAUCUUCUUCGACACAAAGCGGUUCAAUUUCACAUCGAAAAUCAAGCACCGAAGUCGAGCACCGAAGUCGAGCAACGAAUUAAGCAAAAUCAGUUUGAAAAAUCUUCAAAAGGACAUAGACCACAGCUUAGAAGAAGCUCCAGAAUAAGACAACAAAGUUUCCCCAAAAGUACAAGCACUGAACCAAUAGAUCUUGUACAAUCAAGCAGUGCUUCAGAGCCUGACGACGAUAUGGAACACCAAACAAAGACAUAUCGUAAGUCAGGAAAUAAGGCUAAAGUCACAGCAGGAAGACCAGUACAAGAUUCUCAUCACACCACUGAAACAAGCAAAGAUAACUACACACUAGCAGAUUUAAGGAGAGAGCAUGAGCAACAACAAAACAUGGAUGAAAAUGAAGAGAACAGUGAUGAAGAGAAUGAUGCUCAUAUCACAGAAAAUGAAGAUGAAGAUAAGAGUGAAGUUGAAUUUAGCAGUGAUGAAGAGACCGAUGCUAAUAUCAGAGAAAAUGAAGAAGAAGAUAGUGAGGAAAUCAGUGAGGAACUGAAUCAACAACCACCACCUGCAAAGAGAAAAUUUACUAAAUGGAAAAGGCCAAAAAACGAUAAGGAUCAAUAUGCAAAAGCAAAACUACCAAAUGUGAAAUUCACAAAAAAGAAAAAUGCAAAAACGGGCAAGGCAAUAGAAGGACCGGUUCAUUUAAACAGAGCAAAGUCAGAAAUAAAAAUCAGAUACUCUACAAGAUUGAUAAGUGAGAUGCUGUAUUGUCUGACUGAUGAGCAGAAGAAUUGGGCUCGAAAUUCUGGCUUCGAAAACUUACUUGAUUUCUGCUUGGAGAUGUUGCCUGCAAAAUUGGGAUACAACAUUCUACAAAUUUUUGAUCCCUUCACUGUUUCGUUGAAGCUUAAAACUGAAACGAUCGAAAUAACUGAAGAAGAUGUCUAUGACACUCUUGGAUUGCCACAUGGAGGGGAGACGGUAACAAUAGGCACAGCCGAAAUGUAUGAUGAAAGAAUAUCUGAGUGGUCAAGUCAGUUUGCUACUAAAAAGGAUGCAGAUCAAGUGACUGUUUCGAAAUUAGUAGAAAUGAUCAAAAAACAAGGGGUCACUCAGAAUUUCAAGUUAAAUUUCUUGCUUGUCUUGUCGAAUGUGCUCAUUGGAACAAGCACUUAUACGUAUGUGGACAAACAGCUUCUAAGGUUAAAUGGAGAUCUUGAUCAGUGCUACAAAUUUAAUUGGGCAGAGUAUCUUCUAAACUCCCUUGUGUCUGCAACAAAACUUUGGAAUCAAACCGCAUCAACCUUCUUUGCUGGCUCAUUACCAUUCCUUGUGCUAUUUUAUGUUGAUCGAGUAAGGCCAGGAAGUAUCAAGCUUGUGGAGCGAAGAUUCCCAUCAUACAAAGGUUGGAGUGAGGAAGCACUAAAAUUAAGGCAGUCAAUUGAGAUUUUUGACGGAGCUUUUGGUCUUGGAACUGUUCUCAAACCAUUAAGAGAACUAUUUUCCCAGGACACACAGCCAAUCCAUAGUCCACAUCAGUGGCAACAACAAGAUAAUGAUUACACUGAUCCUUGCGAAGAUAAUAGUCAUGAACAUGUUGGAAGCCAGGAAUGGAGUCCUUGCACAAAGUCCACCAAUCAAUACCAACAAAAUCAAGAUGCUAUUCCUGACAUUAACAUGGAAGAUGUGCAGGACACUCAAACUCAGGGAUGCGAACAAGGAAAUAACGACACAUUGAAUCAAGCUGAUGGCACAGGGGAUCAAGAUGAUCGCACAUGGCAGACAUGGACUCCUUGGGAAAAAUCAAAACAUUUUCAAUUCAAAACUAUACGUACAAAUGAUGUUCCCGAAGUUCACAUGGAAGAUGUAGAACAAGAGUAUGAGAGGGACACAUCUAAGCGUAAUAAUCAAACAGGGGACUGGUUGCAAAAUCUACAAGACUCAGCACAAGAUUUGAUUGAAUUGAAGAUGCUUUUUGAUGCUGAUCUAAAGUCGGCGUUAGCAAAAGAUCCCGAAAAUCCUGAGAUACACAUGAUUCAGAACUUGGUCAAUGAUGUCUUCGGCAACAAUCAAGCAGCAUUUCCUCAACAGAAUACACAUCAAAACUCAACUCAACAGGAUCCGAAAAAACCAAUUCCAUCGGAAAUUGAUGAUGAUUUUGAGCUUAAUUCUCAGGAUAUCGAGCAACUUGACUUGAUAGAGUUCCUACACUCAGCGAAAAAAGAUAUCAAGGUCAACCAUUUGUUUGUUACUGAUGAGAUAGAAGAUGUAAUACCAAACUUCUCACUUGGUAUAGAUGAGGACAUUUAUGGUAACAACAAACAAGCUGUCAACUUGGGAUCAGAUGAACAACUUGAUGUCAGCAAAUAUGAUGAUCAUGUUUUCACGCCUAAACCAGCAAUGAGAGAAAAGAGUCAAAGGGCUUCAAAAUUGAGUCGAUACGGCAAAUCCCCAUAUGUUGACAGAGUUGUCAACAUAAACUCCAAAUUAACCAAUCAAGAAUUUGGACUCUGAAAAUAUAUGAUAAAGAAAGAAGAUCCAAUCGAACAUAUGUUCAUAUGGAAUGAUUUCAUCUGCAUAAGAGACGAUAUGCAGACACUUAAAAUCAACUCUAAUGUGGCCACAUCUGUUAUAGAUAUAUGGACCUUCAUUCUGAAUGAUGGAGAAAAAUAUCGGUCUGAUGAAUCUCCCCUACGUCUCUUUUGCACAAUCGGCUCUGUGCUUCCAAGUUUAGUCGAUCAUCUCAAACUUGCCACCACAUAUCCAAUUUUUGCUAUUAAUAUGACUGAGAUGCUCACAAGAAUCAACAGGCAGGCAAUAGAGACUAUGCACAUGGUGUUUUUCCCAAUAUGGGCAUAUCAGCAUUACUAUUUAGUAUGCUACAACUUAAAAACUCCAUGCUAUGAGAUCAUUGAUAAUAUCCAAAGGGGUAAAGACGCAAAGCUUUCUUAUGGUCCCAAACCAAGAAUACUGCAUUCACACUUUACAAAAUACCUGGAAAGCAGAGGAAGUUUUGGUUUGGCAAGGAUUAUCCGACAACUGAAACCCACAUACAAGAGUAUGUCAUGGCAAACAAAGAACAACUCUACUGACUGUGGAAUCUUUCUUAUGAGGCAUAUGGAGACCUACAAAGGUCAUACACUCCCAUGGCACGCUUCAAUCUGUGAUGAAAGUGUUAACCAAAAAAAUCAAAUUAUGAGACUCCGACUCAAAUAUAACAACAUGAUUCUAUCUUCAACACUGAAUGAGAGGAGAUCAGAAAUCAUAAAAGUGGGGAAGGAAUUAUAUAUUGAUAUGGCAUCAAAGAGAAUAGUCAAUUUUGUCAUCCAAUCUUCACAAACAUCUCAAGAAGAAGACAUUGCAGUGACUACUCAAAGAAAGGCUGAUAACAAGAAGACGGUCACCUUCGCAAAAAACCUCACCUCCACUCUCAAUGAAGCCGCCGACAACAACCAAUGAUUGUUUCAGCAACUUCACAAACAAUGAUUGUUUAAGAAUUAGUUACCUUAUUUUUCUGAAUACUUGACAAGCAAUGAUUGUAUGGCAAAUUAUCUUGAGCAAUGAUUGGAUAUGAACUGUCUAUUCUAUUAGCUUGACAGUUACUGAUUUUUUGUCGAAAAUGAUAACUGACACUAUUGAUUAUGUAUCAACAUUAUCAAAAAAAAUAUGAU